CUUCCUUUUGUUUUUACAGUUUUUUAAGUUUUUAAAAGCGAACUUUGCAAUAAGGCCGAUUUCUUGUUCGAAGAUACGACACUGAUAUGACAUGCGAAAUGGAGGCAAAGAAUAAUUUGUGAUGUAGAACUAAAAGUUACGGUUGUGAAGUAAACAUGCACCUGUCUUACAUUUUUACUAUCAAAUGGUAAAAAAAAAAGGAAAACAAAACCGAUAUGAUAAGGAAAACUAAUAGGAAGCUAGAUUCCGCGCGUAGACUAAACAAUACCUUGAAUCGGAGCAUCACGACUAGAGAGAGCCACAAAGCCUUUCCGGGGUCGUAAGGGUACACUGCUACCAGCUACUUCGUAAUAACAAGAGAGAAAAUUUAUGUCGUCUGGUGUUGACUGGAUUUAGUUGAAGGCAAAUAUUUGGAAAAAUGAGACUGCCGCUUGGCCAGUGGCUAAUCCAGUUCUCACUUGUGCGUCUGCUACAAAUGCUGGUUACCCUAGUAAUUUUGUUGCCGAUCCUUUUAUCUAUAUUCAGGCGAGUUGGAAUUGCUUUGGUGUUUUUCCGCUUUGAACAAGUGAGAAGGUAUUUUUAAGGAUAGGAUGACGUACUUUAUAUGUUUUAUGAAAGCAAGAACUCCAUUACUUUCCAAGGGGACAUCGCCGUGGCAAAGAGUAUGGAUAAAGGUGCUACAUGGCAGCAGUUGGGUACCGCUUUGGAUGAAGACUGUCAUCUAUCUUAUCCAUAUGUAUUUGACUACCAAGGCCAUAUAUACAUGAUGCCUGAAAGCAACAAGAAAGGGGAUCUUCGUCUCUACAGAGCGCUGGAUUUCCCCUUGCAGUGGACACUGCACAAGGUUAUUAUGAAUAAGCCCAUUAUAGAUGCCUUCCUCAUAAAUUACAAUGGUAAUUACUGGCUUUUCGGAUCAGAUCACAGUGGUUAUGGGACUAAGAAGAAUGGUCAACUGGAAAUCUGGUAUAGUAAGUCACCGAUGGGUCCAUGGCAACCACACGACCAGAAUCCAAUUUACAACACUGAUCGGAGCUACGGAGCUCGGAAUGGAGGCAGGCCAUUUGUCUAUGAGGGAAACCUUUACCGCUUGGGCCAAGAUUGUGGUGAAACAUACGGGCGUCGGGUCCGUUCUUUCAAGGUGGAGGUUCUCACGAAGAAUGAGUACAGAGAAGUGGAAGUCCCAUUAGGUAUAGAAGAGUCUGGAAAAGGCAGAAAUGCUUGGAAUGGUGCUCGUUAUCAUAGCCUAGACGUACAGCAGUUAACUACCGGUGAAUGGGUCGGGGUGAUGGAUGGUGAUCGGGUUCCUUCAGGUGAAGUUGGUCAUAGACUCUUAAUUGGUUCUAUGGAUUUUGCAGUUGCGUCUGCCCUAGUUAUUCUUGUUGGACUUAUGGUUGGAGCUAUCAAUUGCGUGUUACCAAUUUGCUGGUCCUCCCAGAGCUUCGGAAAGAGAAGUGAUACAAUCUCAAGUUGGGUGCGUCCUGAUUCGUGGUUAUUCAAACUGAGUCGCAUCAGUACCAGGUUGAACAGAAUGGUUUCGUUUGCCAGAUGUAGAAUGAAGGGUGAUACUUGCUACGGAAGAUUGUUGUUCAUUUUAGUAUUUGUAACAGCGGUUGCACUAGUCUGCUAUGGUGUUAACUACACUUACGGUGGUAGUGGUGCAGAAGAAGCUUACCCACUGGAGGGCCACUUUUCUCAGUUCACAUUACUGACAAUGACAUAUGAUGCGAGGUUGUGGAAUCUGAAAAUGUAUGUGAAGCAUUACUCCAAGUGUUCGUCUGUGAGGGAGAUUGUUAUUGUAUGGAACAAAGGCCAGCCUCCUAACAUUAGUGAGCUAAACUCUGCUGUGCCAGUUAGAAUCAGAGUAGAACAGCAGAACUCCUUGAACAAUCGUUUCAAGAUAGAUCCUCUUAUAAUGACCAAGUCUGUUCUUGAACUUGAUGAUGAUAUCAUGAUGACAUGUGAUGAUAUUGAGCGAGGAUUCCUAGCAUGGAGGCAACACCCAGAUAGGAUAGUUGGGUUCUAUCCUCGGCUCAUAGAUGGAAGCCCAUUGGAAUAUAGAGAUGGAAAAUAUGCCCGGAAGCACCAUGGAUAUAACAUGAUAUUAACUGGGGCAGCAUUCAUCGACCACAGGGUAGCAUUUCAGAGGUAUUGGAGCGAAGAAGCCAAAGAAGGUAGAGAUUUUGUUGAUAAAUAUUUUAAUUGUGAAGAUCUGCUUUUGAACUUCUUGUAUGCAAAUGCUAGUAGUUCAUCUCGAGCAGUGGAGUAUGUUAAACCUGCUUGGGCGAUCGAUACGUCUAAAUUCUCUAGCGCGGCAAUAAGCCGGAAUACACAAGUUCAUUAUCAAUUCAGAACGAACUGCCUUUUGGAGUUUUCACAGUUAUAUGGAAGCUUGGGUAGGAAAUGGGCUUUCAAAGGUAGGAAAGAUGGUUGGGAUGUAUAGGGAAGCGGCAUCUGUUUUUCGCGUUCCUUGAUAGGGUCGACAUUCAUUAUUGUAUAUUCCUUGAAAGCAUAGUUUGUAUCCUUGUUAAAUAUUGAUAGGAACAGAAAUGUGCAAGUCCAAAAAUCAAAUUGUUCAGCUCUUGAAACGAAAAGAUCAACUGAAGGAUUCAGCAAAGUGGUCAGGGUUCCUUGGUUCUGUACACCCUUUUUGGAAUGGGUUUUAUUAUUUUUAAGUGAUACUGGCAUUCACCAAAA